AUGAGCCAAUAUGCUUCCCAUAGCUCAUCGGACCCAUCCAUCAAUCAAGAGUCGAAACCAGUCACCGGUUGGAAACGGCAUCAUAAAGAAUUCGAGCACGUCUUGGGAAUUCAGCCAAAAUUUGAACUCCUCAUCUCGUCCCCCGACACGCCAUUCGCCCACGAAGCAGGUGUAUACUUUGAAUCAGAAGACGUGCUCUUUGUGACGAGUAAUCGCCUCGUUGAAAACGGCAAAAAUGGCCUCGAGAAAAGCCAGCAUGUCCAAAUUUCUCGCAUUGACCUAUCGCAAUUCCGUCGCAAAGGAAGCGGGCUCGCUACAAGAGACGAGAUCUCCGGUGGCUCCAUUCAGAUGGGCAAUGGCGGGGUCAAUUACCAAGAUGGCAUCUUAUUCUGUGCUCAAGGAUCUGACAUGUCGCCAAGCGGCCUGGUAUGGAUGUCCAAAAGCGCACCGUUUCAAACAAAGGCAAUCGUAACGAGCUACCACGGCGUUCAAUUCAACUCUGUGAAUGAUGUUGUUGUGAGCAAGCUAGACGGUAGUAUCUGGUUCACGGAUCCGACGUACGGUCACGAGCAGGGGUACAAAGCAUCGCCAUCUUUACCAAGUCAGGUGUACCGAUAUAUCCCUGAUGAAAACGGCGGAUACGGCAGCAUCAGAGCAGUGGUCGAUGGUUUCGGCCACCCGAAUGGCUUGUGCUUUUCUCCAGAUGAGAGCACCCUGUACAUCACGGACACGGACAAAGUGCAUGGCUCUGGCCACAUUCGCAGUGAUCGGCCAUCUUCCAUAUAUGCGUUUGACGUCAUUCGCAGACAUGGGCACCCGAUGGUAUGCAACCGACGAUUGUUCGCCUUCGUCGAGGCGGGUAUUCCAGACGGCAUCAAAUGCGACACGGAUGGUCGCGUGUACAGUGGCUGCGGCGAUGGGAUACACGUCUGGUCAGAAAGUGGCGUGCCACUGGGCCGCUUUCAAAUCGCAGGCGGCGUGGCCAACUUUUGCUUUGGUCGCCCGGGAGAGAUCUUUGCCUUGAAUGAGCAUCAUUUGUGGAGAGUCAGUAUUGCUUCGUCAAUACAGGGCGCUCUACUGGCUGAUUUGCCCACUCAUGCCAAGGGCAGGAGAAAAAUCACAACUAUGGUUAGGAAUGGUCUUCGUAACGUGUUUUGCUGA